AUGGCCAUAGUUUCCCAAAGUACCGCAGACUCAGCCAAGCAAAUCUACGUAGUGACCGGAGGUCACGGCUUCAUCGGUUCGCACGUCGCCCGUGAUUUAUACGACCAAGGACAGCAUGUCCGCAUCAUCGACAUAAAUCCUCGGUCGUCCUUCGACACUGCGGAGCCCAUUUGCACCGAAGCUUUUAUCGGAAACCUCUGUGAUCCCGCAUUUUGCACACAAGCCGUGCGUGGCGCGACUGUCGUUCUACACUUUGCUGCUGUCAUGGGCGGGAUGGGCGCGAUACACGGCGACAACGACAGCAUCAUAUUUGAGGAGAACUCCACAAUGACACGAAAUAUUUUGCUCGCCUCUAUCGCCACAGGCGUCGGGAAAUUUUUCUACGCCUCCUCGGCAUGCGUCUAUCCUGAGGACCUGCAGGCGGACCCGCUCGUAGAUGUCUCGCUCAAGGAAUCCGAUGCUUGGAGUCAAAUCCCUCCUCGCCCCCAGGGCCUCUAUGGUCUCGAGAAGCUUCUCUCUGAAGCUUUGAUCCAACAAUACACUUCACAGAUCGAAGUCCGCAUCGCCCGAUUUCACAAUAUCUACGGACGAAGAGGAGCAUGGUCCAAUGGCAGAGAGAAGGUUCCUGCUGCGUUCAUCCGUAAAGCCCUUGCGGCAAAACUCCUCCUUCCGUCACCACCUACGAUGGAGAUCUGGGGAGACGGGACCCAGAGGCGCAGUUUCCUUUUCAUCGAUGAUUGUGUUCAAGCUAUCCUCUCUCUGCUCGACUCUACCUGUUCCAAGCCGAUGAACAUUGGAUCUGAGGACUCGGUCUCCAUGACCGGCCUCGCAGAGCUUGCCAUACAGAUCGCAGGCUUACAGGUCCAAGAUGUGGACUUCCACCAUAUCCUUGACAGGCCUAUAGGAGUGGCUUCUCGGAACUCGAACAAUGCAUUUGCUCGAAGGAUCAUUGGAUGGGAGCCUCAAACGAGGCUUCUUGAUGGCAUACGCGCCACAAUGCAGUGGAUGCGUGCCGAGAUGGAGCACGCCCUUGAAGGUCUGGACAAUCCGCAGCGGACUGCUGUUCUUCAGCACUAUCAGAGGAGCAAGGUUGUUCGAAUGGACUCUGAAUGGAUCACAUUCGCCAUCCUGCUUCCGAUUACAUCCCGCGGGUCGGAAAAUCCACAGACUUGUCUGGACAACCUGUCCAAUUUCGCAAAGUCUCUUUCGCGGACGACGUGGAGGGAGACGCAUGAGCUUGGAGGCACAAGAUUCCGUGUCAAGAUCUAUCUCGCUAUCGAUCACGACGACGAGUUCUUGGUGGGUACCAUCGAGGAAGCGUACAACAGGGCUGCUGAAGUCCUUCACGGUGAAGGACUCGCGGAUAUCACAACAUUGCUUUUCGACUUCCCCCGUGGGCAUGUGUGCAGUUUGUGGCGCGAGUGCGCUCGCAGGGCAUUCGCAGAUCAUUGCGACUACUAUGUGCUAAUGGGGGACGACGUUGCCUUAGACGAUGAUGGAUGGAUGACAGCCAUCGUGGCCGAAUUCUCCAAGAUGGCGAGCAAGGAGUCCGUCCCCGAAGGCUUUGGCUGCGUGUCCCUUACGGACACAUCGUUUCCUGGGAUGCCCACUUUCCCGACCGUCCAUCGUACCCACAUGGAGAUCUUUGAUGGGACCAUAGUUCCCGAGGCUUUCGUGAACCAGGACGGUGACCCAUUUCUAUUUCAACUUUACCGAAGGUGGGGUUGUUCCUCGAUGAUCUCAGCCAGGAUUCGGAACACUGUGGGUGGUAGUGAUACGGCGAGAUACAUCAAACAGCAUACCAAAGGCUGGACGUUCGAUACUCUCGACGAUGCUACCGCGACAAUCGCAGAGUGGUUGCAAACUCGUGCUCCAGAUGCACAGAAGAAGCUCACACUGGACAUCGUUAUCCCGUGCUAUCGGGUCGAUAUACCCGUCCUAGAGGGUAUCCUCUCUCUCCAAUCGUCGACCACAUCCAGCGUAAUGUUCAUAAUAAUAAUCGACGACCCUUCCUCCCCCUCCAUCUACGAGCUCGAGAACCGCUUCGGGAAGAACCCCUUGGUUCGCAUCCGAGUGAACGCUGAGAACUUAGGCGCGUCCGCAUCCCGAAAUCGUGGUAUGGCCGAAGCAGCGGGCGAGUGGAUUUUCUUUUUGGAUGAUGACGUGUCUCCAUCACCAGACCUCCUCAUCAAGACCGAAGAGAUCAUCCGUUACAAGCCCAACGCCAUUGGCUUCGUUGGCAAGACCAUAUUUCCUCUCGCCCAAUCUGUAUUCACCACUGCCGUCCACCUUGCCGGCGUCACGUACUUCUGGGACAUCGCCGCCCCUCACAAAGCGGUCAGCAUGGGAAUGGAGGACGACAUCCCUUGGGGAGUCACCGCUAGUCUCAUCUCUCGUCGUAUUAAGGACGACGUCGUCUACGACUUGCAGUUUCCAAAGACGGGUGGGGGCGAAGAUAUACAUUUUUGCAGACAGAAGAGGGAAGUAGCCCUUGCGCGGGGAAUGGAUGCCUUCCAGGCCGCACCGGAUGUGAUCGUUACGCAUCCGUGGUGGAAGGGAGGGAAGCGGUCGUAUUGGCGCUUCUAUAUGUGGAGCAAAGGCGAUGGCGGUCUUAUCAAGCUGUACCCCGAACACACGUACUUCGACGCAGCCCCGAAUAGUGCCGAGCUCUUCCUCAUCAGUGGACUCCUCCUUGUCCUGGGAUGCCUUGCGAUGAGCAUCUCCGUCACGCUGUACGGUGUUCGUCUCGCCGUCAUGGUUGUGUUAGCCAAUAUCGUCCACGAUGCAUAUCGCCAUCUGUUUAGUCCAGAAGGGAUCAAACGAGCGACCGCGAUUCAGACCAACCUCACUGGAUCUCGGUGGGUCAUCGCUGUGUUGGAGAGUGCGUUGAUACGCAUGUUCAGCGAGUCAGGGAGGGCUGUUGGGAUGAUGGAGAGGGGCGAGGUGACUUUGCUUGGGAGACGUUUUGAUUGGUUCACUGAGAAACUAGGUGACGGUCCGAGGCGCGAAGAGAGGUGGAACUCCGCCAUUAGAUUGGUAGUUGUUGGAGUGUUCAUGGUGGCUUCGAUGCUGAUCUUGUGA